CGAGGUGGAGCAGCCGUAGCAGUUGCGAGAGAGGCGCGCGCGCGGUCACAACUCGGCGACGGCAGCGUUGGGGCAUGCAAAUUAUGCCAAAUAGCAUCAUCGACGGGAGCACGAGCAGUAGCAGCAGCAGCAACGUCAGCAGCGCCGAUAACCGAUCAGAAAAUGCAGCAGGGCACAGGAGAGGCAACGUCUUCGGCGGCAGAUAGCGGGAAGGGGGCGACGGACCUGGCGACCAGGUCCGCUGGCGACGGCGGCGGAGGCGGCGGGAACAGCUGCUCCUCCGGCGAAUCCGGAUCCGGCGACCCAGCAGCAGCGACCAGCACAACGAUUAGCUCCAAGCAGGAGGACUCGAGGGAGCCGAGGGAACAGGUGGCCAUCCACUACCUGGCCAGCUUCCACGAGCUCUGCGUGGUAACCGCCCUGCUGCCCCUGGUGACGCUCUUUACGUGCUUCGUGACCGCCUACGUCUUCCAGUACGACGAUGUACACGAGACACAUUGCCGCGUCUACAACAUAAUACCCUCGAUAAGUGCAAUUACCGGAGUCAGCCCGCAGCGCUACUUCUGGCGCUUUAGCAUCGCGCUCCACAUCGGACCGCGCAUCCCCAUCGCCUUCGUCUACAAGAACUACUACCGCUCGCAGCUGCGUCGGAUCAGUCCCGCACAGCUGCCUCAGACCAGCGCGCUCAUCACGCUGAUCCUGGUGCUGAACUGCAUCGAGAUCGCGUCCCUGGGCGGCGUCACUUAUAUAUCUAAUCGAGAGAACUAUCCCGUUCACGAGCGCAUCUUUAUCACGUUCAUGGUAUGUUCGCUGUGCUACAUGCUGGCCACGAUCAAGCUGAACGGCAUCCUCAACGCCGGACAAUCGCUGACCGAGCAGCAGCGCCUGUCCAUCAAGUGGAAGAAGAUCCUCUUCGCCGUCUCCAUCCUGAGCACCAUCGGAUUGCUGGUGUUCUUCGCCAAACACCGCUUCUACUGUCACGACUUGGCCUUUAGUUGGUUCGCGUUCUUCGAGUACUUGAUCGCCAUCGCCAACAUGCUGUUCCACUUCACCAUCAUCUGGGACUUCCCCUCGCAGUUCAUUAUGAUCGUGCAAGGACCACGCGAAAACCUCGCCCAGUACUUGAGCAGCAGGCCGAAAGUGGACUAGAUUGGACCCCCGACUCCUGACUAGACCCCACCUGCAUGCCACUCUUCUCCAGUGUAUAGUGUGUCUAAUUCCCAUACGAAACGUACAAUUAACGAACUUCUUCAACUUUAAAACUAAGCGCUUCCAUACCGAUCAACAACUAUUAGCAAUCUUCUUUUUUCUUCGAUUCUCUUUAUCACACCAACGUAACAAGCCCAAAACCAAAACCAAAACCAGAAUUAGGGAAAUGAAAUCCGAAACGAAAGCGAAAUGUUCCAUAGUUCCACGAUUAAUAUAAUUAUUAAAUAUACAAAGUAUGUAAAGAAAUUGCCCGAUCAGAGGGCAUACCGUUCUAUGUACACAUUCUAAAUACGUGAAAUAAGUUACCUAAGAAUUAAGUGCACCCAAAACAAAACAAAACCAACCAACAAUAUUGUAAUUAUUGUGUAUGCCUAAUGGAUUGCAGCUCGCCAGAUCUCAUGUCAAUUUCGAAUCUAACCCAAAGGAGCCAACAAGGGGCGACCAGCGUCAGCGUUUCAUUUCUUAGGCAGUAAUUAAAUAGAAGUCGUAUUACUUACCACUUAGUACAUAUCGUUUAUACAGCGGGAUAUAGCCUCCUCCUUGGGGAGCUAUUGGGGCCCUAUUGGCCUUCCCCGAAACAAAUAGAAUCAGAAAAACCAUUGAAACAGAAUUCAGACAAUAGCCAUUAAGCUGCGACAUUACGGGCAACGAACAACAGAUUCAGAGCAGUGAUGGGAAGUAUCUAGGUAGUACAUCUUAUUCAGUGUUUAGCCUAGCCCAUAGGUUCAAAAUUUGUAUUUCUAAAAUGUGUAAUUAUUUAACAUUCGGAACCAAAGAGCUCCCGCCAGGGAUGAAAGUCUGAGAAACUGAAUCAAGUCAGAAAUUUAAAAAGGUAUAGAUCUCCAUCUACUCUGAUUUUAAUCCCGAAACCUGCCUAGUUAAAAAAAGCUGUACCUUUCCCGUCACUGUUCGUAAGAUCGGAAAAUCUGAAUUGUACGAGGUCAGAAUAAAUAAAUGUAGCGAAUAAACAAUUGUUCUUAGCCAACUUUAAUAGCGAAAUUUGAAAACCUGAGAAAUAUGAUAGGCAGAAACCACAGUAUUUGCUGAGCGAUCGGGUGAAAACCAUAGGCCCAUAGGUAACCGAAUUGUGAACCAGAUUAGGGUCAAUAUAUAUAUUUUGCAGUAACGGAGACGCGUAGCUAUUUUUUUCUCCACAAGAGUAUUUAGCCUAAGUCGAAGAGAGUUUAAAUUGAUAUUACUUAUUUAACUUUGUACUAUACACACACCAGAGUCAAGCGGAAGCUCUUAUACCAUAAGUAAUAUUAUUACCACCAUUAUUAUUAUAACGAUUAUGCAUUGUAUUUGCGGGGAAUCGGCGAUUAAAGUGAACAACCUGUAUUUCCCGACAACCGAACAUUGUAGCUAAACGAAUGAAACAAUUGUUAAAUCUCACACAAAAUUGAUAUUUGUACGGAUACUCACUUGAAAUGAUAUAUGUACUCAAGCCCACGCCCACUAAAGCGAUAUGUUAUGCAAUAGUUGAGUUGCCAGUUGCACCUUGCGAUCGAGCAAAUAUAUAUUUGAAUUAUU